AAAUAAGAGCAAUAAUAAUAAUAAUCCAAAUAUUUUUGUCAAAAAAACAAACUCCGUAAUAAUCCAAAAAUUCAUUUAUAAAGCAAAUCUGUUUGUUCUAUUAUAAUUAUCCGGGCAAUUAUAGUUUACUCAGGAAUAGCGAUAAGCACCGGUCGCCAAGAUCUUCGGAGUAACCGUUGCCGGAAAGUUGCCGACAGUGGCCGAGACCCGACUCGUUUAAUUGAGGACCCGCCACCACCAAGUCCGCCGUCGCCGUAAAACGCCGCCGACAAUAGCUCUUCCCUUAAAUUCUCCGACAUAUUAUCACAGGGAGGCUGCGGCGGCGGCGGCGACGACGAGGACACGAACAGAUCCUUGAGCUUGCGCCUGGCCGCCAUCUCCUUCUCCUCCGCCUUCGCUUCCCUCCGCAGAUCCGGCGAUCCAUGGUCCGCGCCGAGGCUGAGCAGCAUACCGAGAGUCUUCCGGCGACGGAAGUGGAUGACGGGACUGGUCGUCGGGCUCCGGGUUGGGCUUCCGGCGACUGCGCACUGGGUCGCAAAGAGCUUGAAUUUUUGCAGAGUCGCCAUUGGAAUUCUCCGAUCGGAUUCGAUUUGGAUUCGCUGAAGAAGAGUGAAAUUCACUCAAAGGUGAUUUGGGAAGGGAGAUCUGGAUGAAGAGAUCGAUUAGGGAAUCUUUGGAGAGAGGAAGAAGAUUGGGGGAAAAGCAGAGUCAGAAAGAAAUGUGGAGUGGAAAAUUGCAAAUGACGAAAGGGGAGAAUUUGAAAGCUCUUCAAAAAGCCUCAGGCCACAUCGCCGCCUCCUUCGUCUUCCUUCCUCUUGCCGAACGAGGAAAUCAAAUAAGUCAGGGAGAUUGCCGGAAACCUACAUCACCAUCAUCACGAUUCAUCAAUCUUCUUCGUUCCUCUUUGCCGGUCGAGCAUAGGACCAGAGAGGAAGCUGCGCCAGAGGAGGAAUUCGCCAGACGUCGCCGGGAAUCAUUGCCGAAAAGUUUUAUCUUCGCCAAUCGAGCCUGCCGUGAUCCACCGUGUAGCUUGUCUUCUUCUUCACGUGAGAUCGAUUCGGCUUAAAAGUUCGAUGCAGAUUAGAUCUAUUCAUUUUCAGCCGCCCUGAUUCCUUUGCCGGUGCCAAACACGCCGAGUGAUGGUUCCAGCAUAUGAUAGCUCCAAAAUCCAAAAUUGGAUUGAAUUGAUCAACUCUAACGAUGUGAGAAUAUAUGUCUCCUUGGUCACUAAUUCGAUUCAAGUAAUUUUCUUCUCACACGGUCCAGAUAAAUUAUCAAGAUACCACGAUGGUAAGUAGACACUAAGGGAAGGUUUUUGAAGGAGCUGAAUGGAAGAUAAAUUCCAUGACAUAUACUAAUAUAUAUAUAUUCUUCAAUUAAAGAAGAUGUGAACCU